AUGAUCUUCAGCACGACAAAGGCAGCGGGCAUCCUGGCCCUCACGGCCGGCACGGCGACCGCCUCGUCGUACGUCGCCUCUAUGCCCGUCAACGCCCAGGGCCUCUUGAAUGAGUCUAUGGCCUGGAUGGACCAGUUCUAUGAUAGCUCCGCGGGCUACCUCUACGACUUCAGCGCCGCCACAGCGCUGAGGCACGAGACGCGCAGUUCCGUCUGGUACGCGCUGGGCCUCCUGGCGCGCAACGAGGGCGACGACGCCGCCCAGGCCGCCAAGAUCAUUACCAACACCAUCGACGCCCAGUUCAAGGUCGAGUCUGAGCAGUGGUACGGCGACUACCAGAUGUACCCCGAGCAGCCGUACGUGGGCACGCCGGACUAUCUGGGCGUCAUCUACAACUCCUGGGACCCCAACUGGCGCGGCUUCAUCGGCACGACGCUCAUCAUGGCGCUCGAGGAGUUCCCCCACCUCCUGAGCAACGACACGCAGGACCUCAUCCUGCAGUCGCUCUACAACACCACCAAGGGCGACGAGUACCGCGUCGGCGGCGUCGACGACGACAACCUGUACCCCUCCUACAGCAACCCCGCCAUCAUGCGCGCUUUCGUCUCGGGCUACACCGGCCGCCGCUUCGGCGACGCCAACAUGACGAAGUCGGGCGAGACCUACGCCCAGGAGAUCAUCGACCUCUUUGACCGCGCCAACACGCUCUCCGAGUUCAACUCGGGCACCUACACAGGCGUCUCGCUCUUCGGCCUGAUCCUCUGGUGCAAGUACCUCCCCGAGGACUCCGUCAUGACGGUCAAGGGCCCGCAGAUGCUUUCUCACACCUGGCAAGCCGUCUCGCAGCUGUGGCACCCGGGCAUGAAGAACAUGGCCGGCCCCUGGGACCGCGCGUACGGCUACGACAUGAACCGCUACGUCAGUCUGAUGGCGCUCUGGUUCUGGACGCUGAUCGGCAAGGAGAACUCAUCCAUGAUCUCCAAACCCUUUGUCAUGUCCCACUCCGCCGACUACGCCUGGGCGCCCCUCUUCGCCGUCCUCGCCAAGUUCCACGAGAGCCUCCUGCCCGAGGGCCUCGUCGCGAACCUGACCACCUUCUCCGGCGAGCGCACCUUCGAGGCGUCGACCUUCUACCCCCCUUACGACCUCGUCCCGCGCAACAUCUCCUCCUGGCUCUCGGACAACCUGACCAUCGGCGCCGAGUCCUUCCGGGAGAACGUGAUCGGCGGGCCGUCCAUCAACCAGGCGUCCUUCAACCCGGCCGUGAUCCAGUGGAACACCGGCGAUGAGAUUUCUUUCAUCUCGCUCUACCCCACCGAGAUGGAGCUCGCCGUCGAGGUCGCCCCCAACAAGCUGAGCCUCAGCUACCCCAACGGCACCGCGGACUCCAUCUUCACCUUCGUCGUCGGCACCUUCCUCAAGAAGCCCACCGUCACCGGCUGGGCCGACGUCCAGGGCCUCGCCGUCAACGUCUCGGGCAACGUCAACACGUCGUACGCCCUGUCGUUCGGCGGCUCCCUGGGCGGCACCGACUCGCCGAUCCGCGACUUCGAGUUCUGGAACUUCACCUACACGAUGCCCAGCGGCUUCAAGGGCACGCCCAGCGUCGUCCUCGACCUGAAGCUGCUGUAA